AUGAUGGAGAACAGUCGGAUAUUACUGCAGAUGCAAAUUCUAGGAAAUGGCGUAUAUUUUAAUAAUUAUUCGAGUAUUAGUCCAAGUAAAAUACGCAAUAUUGGGGUAAUAGCUCAUGUCGAUGCUGGAAAAACAACUGUUACUGAACGCUUGCUUUAUCUUUCUGGAACAAUAAAGAGGAUGGGUGACGUCGAUUCUGGUACCACUGUCACCGAUUUUAUGGACUUAGAACGUGAGCGUGGCAUAACAAUUCAGUCAGCCGCUGUUACUUUUUUUUGGCGUAACCAUAGAAUUAAUCUUAUAGACACUCCAGGGCAUGUGGAUUUUACUUUAGAAGUUGAACGGUGCGUUCGAGUUCUUGAUGGUGCUAUCAUCGUAUUGGAUGGAUCCACAGGUGUACAAGCGCAAACGAUGACCGUUUGGCGUCAGGCCAAAAAAUUUCAUUUACCUUCGAUAUUUUUCAUCAAUAAAAUGGAUAAAAAUGCAGCUGAUUUCAGAAAAUCGGUUGAAUCAAUCAAAAUGAAAUUAGAAGUGCAGAACGCAGUUCCGAUUAAUAUACCUGUUUAUGAUGAUAAUGGUAGCUUUAGCGGAGUGAUCGAUUUGAUCAAUAAAAAAUAUUUGAAUAUAAAUAGCAAUGAAACUGAGUGGGAAAAUAUUUCUGAAACAAAUAGAAGGUUUGAUGAAAUGGUUUCUGGACGAGAGAAACUUUUAGCAAAUUUGGCAGAUAUUGACGAACCGUUCGCAGAGAUUUUUUUGGCACAGCCUAACAAGCAAACUUUAAAAGAAUCAUUAAUGUUAGACAAAGAAAUUUCAAAUGCUAUAAGACGUGCCACAUUGUCUCGAUGUGUCGUGCCUAUCAUUUGUGGAACAGCUUUAAGAUGCGCAGCAAGUGCUCUUCCAGUUUUGGAUGGUGUCGUAGACUAUCUCCCAUCUCCAUUAGAGAGAAAUCAAUCAAUUUCAUCUGUUUUUGGGGAUCAUCUUAGUGCGCUUAUUUUCAAAAUUCGGCAUGAUACAAGGAUGGGUCAAUUAGGAUUUGUUCGAGUGUAUACUGGUGAAUUGAAAAAUGGUUCAGCUGUCUAUAAUUCGACUAGGAAUUUCAUGGAACAUAAAAUUCGUAUUUUUGUUCCGCAUAGUGAUGAGCUAAAGCCAACCAGUGUUGUUAAGGCUGGGAAUAUAGCUGUGAUUUCCGGUCUGCAACAAACUUUCACAGGCGAUACCCUCGUAGAAAACGAGCACGCUGCAAGAAUUGCCACUAAAAACUAUCAUAAAUUAAUGCAACCGUUGAGACGUAAAAAUCGGGUGCAAAAUCAAUCUCAUGAUCUACUUUUUCAUCAUAUCAAACUGAAUGACGGCCAUUUGAAAGAAGAUGUAAAGUAUGUUCAACUUGCCGGUAUUCAAACACCAGAUCCUGUUUUCUUUUGUACUAUAGAACCACCAGAUAAUCGAUCGAUAGUCAAUUUUCAGAAAGCAUUAAAUGAAAUUAUUAAAGAAGAUCCAUCAGUACAUGUGCGAAAUGAUGGUGAUUUUGGACAGGCUAUCCUUCAAGGAAUGGGAGAAUUGCAUAUGCAGGUAAUAAAGGAUCGAUUAGUGCGUGAUUACGGUCUCAACGUCUUUAUGGGUCCUAUGCAGAUCUCAUAUCGCGAAAUUUUGCUUUCUUCCAUUUGCAAUACUGCAACAGUCAGUGCAGUGUUUGGUGAACCAAAAAUAAAACAUGAGUGCACCAUAACACUGGAAAUGAAGCCAAAACAGGGAGUUACGAAGUUCAAUGGGAUUCAUAUUGCUGUUGAUGAUCCGUCAUUUAUUCCGAUCCGUUCAGACUGGUUGGAUGCUAUUAAUUUAGGCUGUGGUAAUGCUCUUCUGAAUGGUCCAAUCAUGGGACAUCCGGUUUAUGAUGUUUCGAUCUUCCUAAAGCAAUUCGUUACUAGUGGCGGACGAUUAAGUACAACGGUUAUUACUGCGUGUGCCAGCAAAUGCAUUCAUGAUGCGCUAAAAAUUGCUCAAAUCCAAAUUUUGGAACCAGUCAUGUUUGUUGAGGUCACAAUAAAAAAUUGUACUCCAGAACAAAGUAUGCAUGGAAUAUUGAGUGAAAUAACUCGGCGUCGAGGUUCCAUACUGGGCAUUGAUGAAGAAGGGAAAGAUUCUCAUAUUCGAGCGGUUGUUCCUUGCUCUGCGAUACAAGGUAUGGUAAAAAGCAUUCGAAUCGCUUCAUCUGGUCUUGCUGAUAUACAUAUGCAGAUGCAAGGUUAUAAAAACGUAACCAGUGAAGAACUUAAAGAGAUUCUUAACAAAUGUAAUGGGACUUGGUAA